AUGGACUUUGUUAGUGGGUUGACCCUAACACCCACUGAGAAGGACUCUGUUUGGGUCAUUGUGGACCGAUUAACCAAGACCGCACAUUUUAUUCCUGGAUCCUCAUUUUACGUCUCAGUUCUAGGAAAGCUUCAUGAGGCUUUGGGUUCGAGGCUAGACUUUAGUACUGCUUUUCAUCCUCAUACUGACGGUCAGUUAGAGAAGAAGGCCUAUGCUGAUCUAAAGAGGAAGGACAUCGAGUAUUCGGUGGGGGACAUGGUUUUCCUUAAGGUCUCACCAUGGAAAAAGGUUUUGAGGUUCAGUCGCAAGGGUAAGCUGAGCCCUCGAUUUAUUGGGUCGUACCAGAUUCUGAAGCAAGUAGGGCCAGUCGUAUAUCAAUUAGAGGUACCUCCAGAGUUAGACCGCAUACAUGAUGUGUUCCAUGUCUCAAUGUUGAGACGCUACUGCUCUGAUCCUACACACGUUUUGCCCAUGGAGGAGAUUGAGAUUAGACCGGAUCUGAUGUUCGAGGAGGAGUAUGUUCAAAUUCUAGAUCGCGACGUUAAAGUCUUAUGUAGGAAGUCUAUUCCCUUGGUGAAGGUGCUAUGGCGGAAUCAUAGCAUUGAGGAGGCUACUUGGGAGCCAGAGGAUUCGAUACGACAGUAG